UUAUUAAUUCACAGCAGGCGAGACCCAGGACCGUUACAUUAAUGAGGAUUUCCAAUCACUAUUCAUAAAAGUUUGGGACUAAAGCAAGAAAGGGCACAGGCAUUUAGAAACGUGUUGAGUAAAAAUAACCGUUAAAAUAUUAAAAACUACGAAUGUACUUUCUUAAUAUAUAAUACAAGGUACUAUUUUAUUCAUUUUUUGGGGGGACGCUGCAUCAGCAAAUAUGCCACAAAAUCAAAAGCAUAUCUUUUUAUAUGCUAAGGGAACAUUUUGCAGCGGGUAAAAAACCUUGAACCCCUGAUUCUCACCACUGAAAAAUAAGUGCCAAGAGAAGUUUGCUUCAGAAUCUCAAGUUUCCUUUUUUAACAGUUCUAUUAAUUAUUGUUUCCAUUAUAUCAUUUUGCUUUUGCUCCAAACAUCUAUCCGAAAACAGCAGGAAGAAGACAUCUCCAGAUAGCCCCCUGAACCGAGCAAGUCAAGGUGAGACGGAAAAUGAACUCCUGCAAGUGGUACCAGAGAACAAUUCGGAGUCCGAAGCUGUUCCACUCGGUUCUGCUGCUCGUGCUGCUGCAGUCAGGAGCUCUGGGGGCGAGGAAGAUGCGAGGCAGCCGCGCGCAGCCACGACGGGCACAGCCGUCCCCGCAGUACAGGGAGCGGGGCGAGGCGACCGAGAGCUUUCCCUUGGACUUCACCGCGGUCGAAGGGAACAUGGACAAUUUCAUGACCCAAGUGAAGAACCUCGCGCAGUCCCUCUACCCGUGCUCUGCGCAGAAACUCGACUACGACAUGAAGCUGCGCUUUUUGGAGAAUACGUCGGUCACGUGCAACGAUGGAACCCCGGCGGGGUACUACAUAAAGGAGUCCAAGGGCAGCCGGAGAUGGCUGAUAUUCCUGGAAGGGGGCUGGUACUGCUUCAGCAAGGAGAACUGUGACGGCCGCUACGAGACCAUGAGGAGGCUAAUGAGCUCGUCCAAGUGGCCACAGACCAAGACAGGUACCGGAAUUCUGUCUCCACAACCUGAAGAAAACCCUCACUGGUGGAACGCCAACAUGGUCUUCAUUCCUUACUGUUCCAGUGAUGUGUGGAGUGGAGCCUCUGCCAAGUCUGAGAAAAAUGAAUAUGCCUUCAUGGGGACUUUGAUCAUUAAGGAGGUGGUGAAAGAACUUCUGACCAAAGGACUGGAAAAUGCAAAAGUGCUGCUGCUGGCUGGGAGCAGUGCUGGUGGGACGGGGGUACUGCUGAAUGUGGACCAGGUGGCGGAGCAGCUGGUGGAGUUGGGGCACACAGCCAUCCAGGUGAGAGGGCUCUCCGACUCGGGCUGGUUCCUGGACAACAAACAAUACCGCGGCACCGACUGUGUGGACACCAUCAGCUGUGCCCCGACCGAGGCCAUCAAGAGAGGGAUAAAGUACUGGAGUGGUGUGGUCCCAGAGCGCUGUAGACUGGCCCAUGAGGGGGAGGAGUGGAACUGCUUCUUUGGAUAUAAAGUUUACCCCACACUGAAGAGCCCGGUGUUUGUGGUGCAGUGGCUGUUCGAUGAGGCCCAGCUCACGGUGGAUAACAUCCAUCUAACCGGUCAGCCGGUGCAGGAGAGUCAGUGGCGCUAUAUCCAGAACCUGGGCAGUGAGCUGAGGAACACGCUGAAGGAUGUCCCGGCCAUGUUUGCUCCUGCCUGCUUAUCACAUGAAGUGAUCACCAGAAACUACUGGUUGGACAUCCAGGUGAAGGGCACCUCCCUGCCCAGGGCCCUGCAGUGCUGGGACCGCAGUCUCCACGACAACAGCAAGAACAACAAGGCCCCGCCCAAGGGCUGCCCCGUGCACCUGAUUGACAGCUGCCCCUGGCCGCACUGCAACCCCACCUGCCCCACCAUCCGGGACCAGCUGACGGGCCAGGAGAUGAACGUGAUCCAGUUCCUCAUGCACAUGGGCUUCGACGUGCAGAAGAUGGCCCAGCAGCAGGGCAUGGAGCCCAGCAAGCUACUGGGCAUGCUCAGUAGCGGCAGUUAAAAACGGCUGGCAAGCCAGGCACUCUCCCUGUUUCUCUCUCUCUCUUCCUGUCUUUCUGUCUCUGUCUUUAUCUAUCUCUCUAUCUCUUCCUGUUUCUCUCUCUGUGUCUACUUCUCUCUCUCUCUCUCUCUCUGGCUCUCUCUCCAUCUUGAGUUCUUACACACUCUCCUAUGUUGGACACACCCCUUCACCUCCCUUCACAUGCUUCGGGUUAUUUUUUCCCCUGAAGGACGUUCACAGGAAAAAUGGCCGUUUUCUUCUGGAGACAAGGAGCAGGGACAGAACAUCGUGUUUUAUGUUUUUUUUUUUUUUCAGGAAUGUUCUGUCCGUGUGAGCUCAGCGGUAAUCCUCCUCCUGUCCUCUGGGUGUCGCUGUAAUCACUGCUCUGUGGUGAAUUAUGUCAGAAACUUUUCGUGGUGAUGUGAUGAAAAAUAAGUGCCCCUCUCCCCACCAUGUUCCCACCCCUUCCUUCCUGCCCCCUGUUGCUAUUGCCCUGUUCUACUCCUUUGGCCCCUCCCUGUUGUGGUAGCCACACCCCCCUGUUCUGAUUGCCCGCCUUUUUUCCUUCGACAACCUUGCGAGGACGGCUAUGACUGGGCAACAUCAAAGAGAGAGUCACCAUGGCAACACAACAAAAAGGCACAACCCUCCGCAACUUCUUUUUUUUCCUCCUAUGAUUUAUCUUUUGGUUGUAAAAGAAAAAACUAAGGAAUGUAAUCCCGUUUUAAGGAUUCUCAUUUUGCAUUUUUUUUUUUUUUGUUUGUGGUUUGGUUUUGUUUUGCUUUUGUUUUUUUGUUUUGUUUUAAAUCUGGGUCAUCUGGUCAAAAAAGCCAAGGACUCAAUGAUCUUAAUAUGGUGUAUUCUCUGUGUAAUUUCAACAUGUGCAUAAAUAUAAAUGUAGUGUAAAUGUAUGCAGAAGCUGCCGGAUGUCUGCCGGGUGAAAGCUGGCUUUGUCAUUACCCAGCUGGCCAUGUUCAUCUCUCUCUGUGACGGAGGACACACAGACAAGCACUGGCUCCUGCAGCCUCGCUGCGAACUGCGAAAUAGCCCCUCUGCCUGCCCCGCCUCCCCCCCGCCCCAUACCUCUGAGAAAGAGAGAGAGAGAGAGAGAGAGAGAGGGAGGGGGAAAGGGAGCAGGAUUUGAUGAUAGCUAUGGCUCUUGUUCCCCCUUCAGCUUGGAUUCUGGGUCACAGAUUUAAACUUUGUUUUGCCUUAGGAGUCAGUGGGGAAUGCAAUGUAUUGCUGCUACUCUGCUCUGCCCUCUACUGGUUGUACAGAGCAUUACUUGUGCGCUGAAGGUGGCAUCAGGGCAGCUUUCCCAGCAUCCUUUGCCAACCGCGUUCAGUGUCCAAGCCAUCCCACAAUGCAUUCUGGCAUUCUGAUGGGCGCAAAACAGAUCCCAAACUUUCAUGCAAAAAAGAAUAUAUAAAUGUCAAGACACCACAAGGAUUUUGUCUGUAAAAGCAUUGUAUGGAGUCCCCCUACAUUCCAGCUGUAUAAGACAGAUACACAGGUACACAGCCAUGGCAGUCUGCUUUAAAACUAAUCUCGGUCCUCAGCAGCUGCUAUCAGCGCCGUGCUGACGAUGACUGAUCACAUGACUGUGGGUACGCGUUCUCUCUGCUUUCCAGGUAACUUUUAUUUGUUUUAUAUUUUUUUAAUUUUAUUUUUACUGUAAAAUGUGUAGCGUGGAUGGUUUUGAAUUGGAGAACCUCUGUUUUGCGGUAUUUUGGAUGGACAAGGGGAAUGGGGUGUGUGUGUGUGUGUGUGUUUGUGAGGUGUGGGGCGGUGGGGGGGAUGGGGGGGGGGCGGGGCGGGGGUUGAGGAGUGAGGGGUUGGGGGGGCAGUAGUGGAACUGCCCCCAGUAUCUUUAAAGGUUUGCAAUUUUACCUCUUUUUCUCUGGAGCUUUCUCACCAUGCAGGAAAGAAGAUACGCUGGACUCUUAAGAAAUGUUCAAAAGAAAAAAUCACUUCUUUUUUAUAUUAAGAAAAUGUUGGUUGGUAUUCAUUUUUUAAAAUGAUCAUUAAAAAGGACCUCUACUUCAUAAUAAGCAGAAAAAAGGUUAUUACUAAUUGUAUUUUGUUCUGUAACAUAUUUUUUUAACAGAAGAAACUCAAGCUACUCAAGGUAAUUUUACAUAUUUAUUUUCUUAUGUAAAUCAUAUUUAUAAACGCUAUUCUGACAGAGAAGUGAUUCUUUGUAAAAUUGUAAAUAAGUUUUGUUCUUUUAUUAUAUUUUUUGUUUAUUGUUUUGCCCGCAUGUCUUUGUAACAAAUAUAAAGAUGGAUU